AUGGAGCAGGGUCGACCCCGGAGCAGCCUCAGCCUGGCCAGCAGCGCUUCGACAGUUUCUUCUCUGAGCAGCCUGAGUACCAAGAAGCCUACCCGGGCAGUACACAAGGUCCAUGCCUUUGGGAAAAGGAACCAUGCCCUUCGGCGAGACCCGAACCUUCCUGUGCACAUCCGUGGCUGGCUGCAUAAGCAGGACAGCUCAGGCCUCCGGCUGUGGAAACGCCGUUGGUUCGUCCUCUCAGGCCAUUGUCUCUUCUAUUACAAGGACAGCAGAGAGGAGAGUGUCCUGGGCAGUGUACUGUUACCCAGCUACAGCGUCAGGCCAGACGGGCCGGGAGCCCCGCGUGGCCGGCGAUUCACCUUUACAGCAGAGCACCCAGGCAUGAGGACCUAUGUGCUGGCAGCUGACACACUGGAGGACCUGAGAGGUUGGCUUCGGGCUCUGGGAAGGGCCUCUCGUGCAGAGGGGGACGACUGUGGAAUACCUAGGUCACCUGCACGUCCCCAGCCUGGGGAAGGUCCUGGAGGCCCUGGAGGGCCCCCAGAAGUGAGCAGAAGGGAAGAAGGGCGCAUCUCAGAAUCACCAGAAGUAGCUCGGCUCGCCAGAGGUCGUGGCAGACACGGAACGCACACUCCCAGCCCUACAGGUGACCUGCAGCCUGGCACCUGGAGCCGGAGGACCAGGAGCCCGGAGCUGUUCUCACCCCUCUCCCGCCCGCCCUCCCCUCUGAGCCUUCCCCGUCCACGGUCUGCUCCGGCGCGGCGACCCCCUCUCUCAGCAGGAGACAUUUCUUUUCCUGCCCGACCUCACACUCCUUUGAGUCGCAUCGAUGUCCGACCCCCUCUGGAUUGGGGACCUCAAAGACAGACCCUCUCCCGACCUCCCACUCCACACCGAGGACCCUCCUCCGACGCUGGCGGAGGCCGGCCACCCAGGAGUCCGCAACCCAGGAGACAGGAGGCAAGAACACAGUCUACCCAGGCCUCUUCUGGUUCGCCCACCUAUCUCCAGCUGCCUCCAAGACCCCCCGGGACCCGGGCCUCCAUGAUUUUGCUGCCAGGUCCCCCGGUGGACUCAGCUUUGCAUCAGAACUUGGAAACAGAUACUCUGCUGACCAAACUGUGCGGCCAGGACCGGCUCCUGAGGCGAUUACAGGAGGAUCUGGACAAGAGGCAGGAGGAGAAGGAGCAGCUGGAGGCAGCCUUGGAGCUGACCCGACAGCAGCUGGGCCAAGUUACAGGGAGGGCUACGGCUUCUGGGAAGGCAUGGGGUCACCAGCGCCUUCUGCAGGACCGGCUGGUGAACGUUAGGGCUGCUCUGUGUCACCUGGCUCAGGAGCGAGAGCAGGUUUGGGACACAUACAGGAGCCUAGAGCAGGACCUGGGCACCUUAAGAGAGACGCUUGAGUACCUGCUGCACCUUGGCUUCCCCCAGGAUCGAGCAUCUGCUCAGCAGCAGCUGUGGAUGGUGGAGGACACACUGGCAGGUCUAGGUGGGCCCCAGAAACAGCCCCCACACCCUGAGCCCGAGUCUCCAUCCCCUGCUCCCCAAGGAGAGGAGUCCUCAGAGCGGGAGAGCCUUCCGGAGUCACUGGAGUUUAGCUCCUCUCAGUCCCCUGAGGUGGACUGGGGUCGUCCCCCAGGAGGUGACAGAGCUCUCAGCAACCCUCACUCAGGUGUUGGGUCUCCAAGGGUGUCCCGGGCAUCCAGCCCUGAAUCUCGUCAACCCUCGUCCCCGCCGCUGAGAACGAAGGCCCCGAUGGCACGGCCUCGCAUGAGCGCGCAGGAGCAGCUGGAGCGCAUGCGUAGGAACCAAGCGAGCGGGCUCCCUCUUCCUCGCCCUGUGUCCCCGAGGCUCCUGACUCUGGGGAGGGCACUGUCCCCAGCUGGACGCCAGCCUGACAUGGAGCAAAGGCCUGUGGUGGGAGCUGCGAAAUGGCUCAGGAGUUCCGGGUCCUGGAGUAGUCCCAGGCACUCUGCAACCUACACGCAGCCGCUGACAUCUGGAGGCCACCGCGAGCGAGUCCUCAGCCUCUCCCAAGCUCUGGCCACAGAGGCUUCCAGUACACCUAAGCUAACAGCUCUCAUUCUUCAUUUAACCUCUCCAGGGGGAAGUUCGGAGUCCACGGGAGACGUCUCCCUCAGGCCACAGCUCCCCAGUGAAGAACUGCCUCAGGUCACUUUGUCCCCACCCUCUCACAAGGCUAACUCUGUUACCACAGGGUUCUCAUGCCAAGGGAGUGGGCAAGGCCUGGCCCAGUGGGAGCCCAGCUGGGACCCUGGGAACGCCCCUCCCGCUCUGCCCCAGGAUGAGGGAGCUUGGCCUCUGAGAGUCACUCUCCUGCAGUCCAGCUUUUGACUGGCCACUCCCAUGGGACGACUUGAGGGGUGGCACCAUUCAGGACCACA